GGUUCAUAUGAGAUUCGUUUUCUGAAGUCAGAUAUGAUGCCCACGACCCCCCACCCCCCAGGGCCAUUUCUUGAUUGUUCCAGGAUUGUUCCGAUUGUUCCUACCAUUGGCGCCAGUUGCAACUUGUUGCAAUUUGACAAGACGAACUCUUAAAUUUAAAACAUUUCAACAUAGGACUUGCCCGUCGGAGAUUAAGUUUUUAUUGACGUUUUUCGUGUUGAGUGUGAAUUUGUUGGAAGUAAAUGAAGUUGGUAGUUUUAAUUGGAUGGUGUGUCAAUAGCAAAGUUGCAAACAAUAUUUGGACUUUUCGGCUGCCUGUGAAGCUAUUUUCCCCUUGUCAGCUUCCAACAAGAACUUCAUAAUUCGGAGAGAAUUUUUCCAAAGACCCAGAUAGAUAUAAAAUGGCUUCUGAAAUGAAGCGAAUAAAAGUAAAGUUGAAGCAACCUAACCCCUUAUUUGAAAAAUGGCUGCAAGAAUGGAGAGAUGAAGCUGCUGCGAAAGGUUCUGACAUGCAAUAUUGUUUUGGGAAGGCUUUGACAUCGUUAAGGAAAUAUCCAUUGCCCCUGAGUUCUGGUCGGGAUUGUGGUAUUCUGCAGAAUUUUGGCAAUAGAUUAUGUGUUAUGUUAGACAGAAAACUAGCUGAAUACAAACAACUAAAUCCAGAAGAAAUAUUCACUGUUGAUCCCAAUCAGUGUGUGAAAGUUAAAUCUCCUAAGAGAUUGAAUCUUAUUCAGCCUGAAAAUGAGUUGCCGCAGAUGAAUAAAAAACAUAAGAAGUCUCCGAAUGGCAAGGCAAAAAAGUCCUCUACUGAACGUAAUGUGAAAAGAAAAUCUGGUGAAUACAUCCCAGCAUACAGAUCUGGAGCCUAUGCAAUUUUACGAGGCUUAUUAGAAGCCAAGGGAAAGGAAGAAUAUACAGAUUUUGUAGAAAAAAGCGAAUUAAUAAAACUUGCUCAACCUCUAUGCGAUACAUCAUUUACAAGACCAGAAGCUGGUUCAUAUUACACUGCUUGGUCAUCUAUGUCUUCUCUCAUCAAGAAAGGAUUGGUCUCGUCUGUAGGUCGUGGAAAAUAUUCCUUGACAGUUGAAGGAGAAAAUGUUGCCAGAAAGAUUGAGAAUGUUGGUAUAAAUGAUGAAGAUGCUAUUGUAUGUAAUAAUACUGUCAAACCAAGUGUGGACAACCAUGCACUUCCUUCAUGCUCUAGUAAAACAAUUUAUAAUGAAGUUGCCCCAGCCAUGGUUUCUUCGUUUGAGAGUCAUAAACCACUCUCUCGUGAAGAAAACACAAUAAUUUUUUCUCCAUGGUCAUUUGAUAUAAUACUACUGGUGGAUACUCAAGAAUCAUCAGGUGUGUCUGGGCGAAAAGGAAAAUGUGAUUCUGCUUUAAAUGAUCUACAUAAACAUAAUGUACCAUUUGAAGUUCGCCAUUUGAAGAUAGGUGAUUUUACUUGGAUUUGUAGAGAACGCAAAACUGGUCAGGAAGUGGUUUUACCUUAUGUAAUAGAAAGAAAACGCAUUGAUGAUUUUGCUCAAAGUAUAAUGGAUGGGAGAUUUCGGGAACAGAAGUUCCGUUUGAAACAAUGUGGUAUUCCUAAUCUCAUUUACCUUGUGGAGAAACAUGGCAAAGAGUGUCAUACAGCUCUCCCUCUUGAAACACUUAACCAAGCUGCUACUAAUACUGAAGUGACAGAUGGAUUUAUUGUUAAAUAUGCAGGUAACCACAAGGAGUCUGCAUUAUAUCUUGCACAUUUCUCUCACUAUUUAGGAACUUUGUUCAUGGUAAAGAAUUUGCAGGGAAAAACACUUGUUACAUGCAAGAAGAAAGACUUACCUUCGUUUUCAGUUAAUGAUGAUAUAAUAUCUUUAAUGUCAUUUCAAGAAUUUAACAGUUCAUCCAUGAAAAAUAAGACAUUAGUUGUUCGAGACAUGUUUAUCAAACACCUUGUUCAACUGAAUGGUCUCUCGGUUGACAAAGCUUUGGCAAUUGUAGAAAGAUAUCCUACUCCGUAUUCUUUAUUCAAGGCUUUGGAAAGAGAAGGAGAUUCAAAAUGUUUGUCUGACAUUCCUUAUGGCUUAUUGUGUCGAAAAAUAGGACCUGUUUUAAGUAAAUCAAUAUAUGAUCUUUAUAAUAAGAAUGUUUUGUCUUAAUUAACCAUUUACAGGAGAUACGUAUCAAAAGCAACACUGUAAGUCAGUUUGAAAAUUAUUAAUUAAUUGUAAAUACCUAAGAAAUAGUUAUAUUAAUAAUAAUAAUAAUGUAAAAGAAAGAAUUAAGGUCGUAAGAGAUCAAGGAUUUGUUUAGUUGCGUGAUUACGAAAGCUUAUAAUUAAUUUACUUUUGGAAUAUAAAUUUUAUGUCAAUCUUGUUAUUAUUGUAUGAGAUCUUAAUUUUGUAUUUUGGUUUUUGAAUAUUUAUGUUAUGUUAAUAAAUAAGUAAUGUUUGGCUAUAAAAAAAAAAAAAAAAAG